AUGGGCGGAAACAGAAGAGCACAGAGAAAGCACUCAGCCGAAGAAAUGGAAGAUGACUGUGGUGACUUUAACAAAUUGUUGGGCCAGGGGUGCGAUGGAGUAAGUUCUGGGUCAGAUGAUGGAGAGUAUGCUUUCAACGAUGACGAAGCAGAUGAAAAUAUUGGAAACGCGGCAGCUGAUAGUAGUGAUGAACAAGAUGAUGAGUUAGAAAGUUCAAAUAUAGAAGAGGAGUUACUGCGAUUGGAUGAAAUGAAUAGGGCGCAGGAGGAUAUACAGCAGAAGCCUGCACAGGUAGAGGAUUUAACAAGUACGUAUCGACUACUUGCAACAAUGCAUAAAGAAGGAGCAAGUGGCACAAUUAAUUCAGCUGACUACGAAUUUUUAAAGAUUCUCGGGGACCCCAGGGCAGUUGAUCUAUUGCAAGACCAGGCAAGUGAUUUAAUCAAGCAGGUAGAGUCGCUGUUUAAGACACCCGUGUAUAAAAGAAUGAACAAACAGAAAUUACUCAGACAGCGAAUAAACUACAGCAUAUCAGACAAAACAAAGCAGUAUUUGAAUAAGUAUGACGAUAUGCCAUUUAUAGUAAACAUAACAAAGGACUUCUGUUAUAAAACAGGAACAAAGCUCUUUAGGAAAAAAACAAACACAAAACUCAUUCCAAAGAUAAAUAGGAAGGUUUAUGACAAGAUGGUUGGGUUCUGCGUUCCAGUGGGUGAGUAUACGUGCUCAGAAGAAAAGAAUAGUGAACUUAUAAAAUGUGUGUUUAUGGAGUAA